CUUGUGUUGAAGAAAGUCAUCUACCUACUGCGAUACGAAUUUUGUGUUUUAUUUGUGAAAAUCCUUAUCAUUUUCUACACAAACUUACUGACGAGCACGCCGCGCCUCUGCCGUUGAUAAGUCUAUUCGACUCCACAGCGCAACGUCACUGCAAACCUUUAAAUAUCCGCUGUUAUCGGCCGUCUCUAGACGUGUUUCGUAAACACAUAUUUUAAUUAGUUUUCAGUGAUAAUUGCUUCGUGCAAUCUGCAUACAAGUGUUCAGACUAUAUAAUUUCUUUAUAAUAUACCGCUAAGUGUUAAUUAAGAGUAAUUAGUAUCAAUUUAACCGAGACAAGUGCACCGAAGACUGGUUUUAGAAUGUCGGUGCUAAAUAACUUCACUGUCCUUAUCACGAGGAGUCUUCGUGGCCGCUUCAAGCAAAGGAAGGAGAUGCGAGACGCCUUCCUGCCCAGGGUCCUGAGCAGGCCGGAGAGCACACACGCGGAUAAACCACAGCUGGACAUGCAGAAAUGUCUCAUUGUGUCCAAAGUCACCAGAUACGAGUAUGAAAAACACAGCCUCAACAACAUCUCCGACUCGGAACUCGAGCGUAUACUCCGCGCUCGCGGCUCCGACUACUCGGCGCUGGUGUCCACGCACAGAGAACAGAAGGAAUUUGAGAACACGGUGGCUAAGCAUCUGCAGGAUAUGGGGCUGGAAGUCAAGAUGGCUAGCCGGCUCACAUACAACGACGAUCUGCUCAAGUGGUGCGACGUGGUCAUCCCGUGUGGAGGUGACGGCACAUUCCUGCUAGCUGCCUCUAGAGUGAGAGACGCUAAUAAGCCAGUGAUAGGCUUCAACAGCGCCCCGCACAAGUCUGUGGGCCGCCUCUGCCUGCCCACCUGGUGCUCCAACGACAUUCGAGGCGCGUUGAAGGCACUUAAAGAGGGCAGGUUCAGCUGGAUGCGGCGCACACGCAUCCGUACGACUGUCACUUGCGACCCGAACAGUUUGGACUCCAUUACGCCGGUUGAUUUGCACACGUUGCAUUAUAGCAGAUACCAGCAAGUGUCCCAGUCGCACGACGGGCACGACUCGCCGGCGACUCACCCCGCCCCGUCGUUCGAGUGCCAGCCGGACGACACUAACAGAACGGACCUGCCUAAGAAGGUUCUGCCGUUUUUGGCGUUGAAUGAGGUGUUCAUAGGCGAGAGCGUGACAUCCCGCGUCUCUCUGCUCCGCCUGCAAAUAGACCGCGGCCAGUGGACACACACCAAGAGUUCAGGCCUGUGUGUCACCACCGGCACUGGGAGCACUUCUUGGCACUUCAGCAUAAACUGCCUCCGGAGCCACUCAGUCCUGGAGCUGAUGAAGACGCUCAGCUCGGAGUUCCACACGCAGCUGGACACCACCCUGGAGAGCGCGCGCCGCGUCGCAGAGAAAUACAACCAGAAACUCAUGUUCGCUGCAGAUUCACCAAAGCUGGCCUAUUCGGUUCGUGAGUACAUAACGUUUGAAGACUGGCCGACGCCGCGCGGGCUGCGAGUGCGCGACUUCGCGACGUGUGUGAGGGUCAAGUCACACUGCAUUGACGCAGGUCUAGUGAUAGACGGCAGUGUGUCGUUCCCGUUCAACGACGGAACAGAAGCCCUACUUGAAGUGCACCCUGAAGACGCCCUCAUGACCGUACAGAUGGACGAAAACUUACCGCACCAUUGACAUAGAUAGAUGUAGCAAGUAAGCGUAAACUGUAGUGUAUAGAUAACAAUAGAGAUAAGUACGUACCUAAAGUCUGUUUUUUUACUCUCUGAUACCUGCUUAAUUGACAGAUUCUGAAUGGUUCACCAACAGUCGACUGUCCCGCGAUCGUGACAUAUCGUUCUAUUGGUGGGACAAUCGACUGUUGAUGAACCGUUCAGAAUCUGUCAAUUUAGUAUCUGCGAUUAAAACACAGGCUUUAGAAUAAAAUGACCACUGUUCAUCACAAGCAAUAAUGACCAUUAUUGACUUGUAUCGACGAAGUCUCGAUGGUACCUACUAUUUUUCUAUAAUUUGGUCUAAAUUUCACGUGCUUUAACGACAGCAUAAUUAGAAUUAUAGAGUUAUAUCGUCGGUAUAUAACAUAUAAUUUGCGCCAGUGAUUAUUCUUGUCUAUUUAUACAAUUCUGUCUAUUUAUGUAUACUUAGCUAUUUAUUUGUA